UUUCCAACUCGUGCCGUCUUAUCUUUAGCGUGAUAGCAUCCAUCUAACCCCGUCAGAAACGUACACGAAGCGAGCUCAAAUUCUAAAGCACUUGGACAUAUAACAGGACGGUCGUGAAACAACAAGAAGUAUGUCGAUGCCGUUCGUGAUUACCUGCUGCAUUUUGUUGCUGAUAUCUUCAGUCCAUAGCCAGAACGCAUGCGCAGACUUGGACACUCAGGCGUGCGCGCGCAUGCAUGCAACGCAACCGGGCCUCUGCGAAACGUCGCUUGCUGAUUCGGCGUGCCCCGAAUACUGUGGAAAAUGCUCCACGCUGCCGCCACAGACGACGACGGUCUUGCUGACAACGACGACAAAGCCGUGUGAGGACAUCGACACGCUGGCCUGUCAAAAGAUGCAACAAAGCAAACCAGACCUUUGCCUCGACGAUAGUCUCGCUGAGCUCGCCUGUAAACGAUUCUGUGGAAGAUGCCCGGUGGAGUGUUACUCGUGCCCCACCCUGGUGAGGAGCUUGUCGGAAUGCAGGGCGACGACCACGUGUCAAGUAAGCGAGGCUUGUUACGUGAUGGAAGUUUUUGACUUCGACGCCUCUCAUGGAUUCCGCGCGGGAUGCAUGCCAAAAGACCUGUGCAUUCCCCACAAUAACGAGCUGAUGGUUGGUCGAAGUUCGAGCACGGUUCACACCAGCUGCUGUGAUACGGACCGGUGCAACAUCCCUAACUGUUUAUGGCCAAAUUAUGCUGUUGACCUCUAAGUGUGACUUUGACCUCUGAGGAUAUCAGAUGGGUGAUACACGCGACACUCAUCCUCCUACUGUGGUCAUUCUCUAGUGGUAAGUUAUUCUUAAGUAGAAUGGUUAAUGAUAAAGUUAUAUAGCGGACAAGCGGUUUUAUGACAAUAUUUGACCUUUGAACUUUAAGUGUGACCGUUACAUUUGACCUAGGGAGAUGAGUGUUACACGCGACACGUCUUCUUAUUAGGGAUUACAAUUGUUAUUUUAAAUUAAUCAAUCACAUUUUUUAAAGUAUGACUGAGACAGGGAAUCUCAAGCUGAGACAGCCAAUUUAACAAAAGACUUCUUAAGUGAGACGUUGAUUUUUAAGAUAGGAAAGCGUAUGUUACACGCCGUUUGAUUGGUAACAUAAGUGGUAAGUUAUAUUAAAUUCUAUCAAUAUAUGGCAAAGUUAUGACUGAGAGAGAAAACUUCGCACAGACGGAAAGACAGUACAACAGGUUCAUGCCGCAAUCUAUGAAGAAAUGGAUGCAA